AAAUGCUGCCCAUAUUAGGUUCUAUCUUGUAACUAUUGAUCAAAGUGAAAGCAACAUCAGUUGUUGGUGUAAUAUACUCCGUACUUUAGUGUAGCAGUGAUAUUAACUAAAAUAAAGAUAAGGUAAAUUAACACUACUCACUUCCCUAUUAAUGAAGAGGAGUAAUUCAUACCGUAGUAGUCAUUAAUACGGAGCGGUAGAACACGAGGUGGGCCUCUAGGAUGCACAUGGGUUACUUCAAUAUCGUAUGCCUCUAAUGCUUUCAGCUUCAUGCCGCGUGUUUCCUCCUAAAUUCACACCAUUUUUAGUUUUUAAUCAGAAAACUUAAACCAUCUGUCAGGCUCUAUUAUCUAUUGUAAUGCACUCGGUUAUAUCUAGAGUUAAAGCAACGAAAUAGCUUAAGGUCCAAGUUGGAUACACAUAGGCCGCACUGGUAUUCUUGAGUUUGAUAUAUGUUACAUUUAUACCUCAAAAAACGACAUAAAAUUUUUAAGGACUACAGACUACUAUAAAGUAAAUAAAAUAAAGGAAAGGAUUCAAAACUUGAGCACCACAAAAGACAGGGGAUACGAUUCCUUGUUAAAAAGACUUCAAUUGUCUCUUCAACUUUCCCAAUUUCCACCCACUUUUCUUCCAAACAAACCCAACUAAUUUUUUCACUUACAUUUUAUUUCUAGAGAGAGAAAAUGAAACACCUGAAAUUGUUUCUGACAGUCUUACUAGUAAUCCAACAAUGUCAUACAUUCUUCAAAGUUGAUGCUGGUGUAAUAAGAAGAAGAGUAGGAGAUGGGUUCAUCAGAGUUAGAGGAACUCGGUUUUUAUUAAAUGGUUCACCUUACUAUGCAAAUGGGUUCAAUGCUUACUGGCUCAUGUACAUGGCUUCUGACCCUUCUCAACGUUACUUGGUCUCCAAUGUCUUCCGUGAGGCUUCCUCACACGGCCUCACCGUCGCCCGAACUUGGGCGUUUAACGACGGAGGUGACCGCGCUCUCCAACUCUUCCCUGGCUCCUAUGAUGAGCAUGUCUUCCAGGGGUUGGAUUUUGUGAUAGCUGAGGCAAGGAAACAUGGUUUAAAGCUGAUAUUAAGCUUUGCAAAUAACUAUGAAAGCAUGGGAGGGAAGAAGCAAUAUGUGAACUAGGCUAAGAAUCAAGGCCAAUAUCUUUCUUCUGGUGAUGAAUUUUUCUCUAAUUCUGUUGUUAAGGGUUUCUACAAGAAUCAUAUCAAGGUUGUGCGUUGCUUCCCCUUAACCAUCCAACGUGUAAUUAAAUUUUACACACCUAACUCUUGUCUCCCUCUUUAAUUCAUUUCCCUCCAUAUUUCACUCUCUUUCUUCGUCUUCCAACCAUUUUAUCAGAGAAUCUCAGAGCAUAUUCAAUUCCUCAUUUCGUCAUUUCCCUUUGAAAUAAUCAGAACUCAAUUCCGAAAUUCUACUGCUCCCAAAGAAAAUUGCAUUGAAGUGAAGUGAAGAGAAGAGUGAAAAAGUUGCGAUCUUUGGUUCCCAAAAUGCCCAGAAAGACGAAGAAGAAAGGCUGUUCUUACUAGGCGUAACACCAUAAAUGGUGUGACAUACAUGAAUGACCCAACAAUUAUGGCUUGGGAGCUUAUGAAUGAACCAAGGUGUACAUCAGACCCUUCUGGAAAAACCAUUCAGAGUAAAUGGGCGAUUACUGUAAUAUUUGCUGGUGUAUUCAUUUGGAGACGUGAUGCUGAAGCUGCUUGGGUUACCAUAGGUUCUGUUGUUAACUCAUUGCUGUGUAUUGCUUUAAAAAGGAUAUUGAAUCAAGACCGUCCUAUUGGCAACACGAAAUCGGACCCUGGCAUGCCGUCAUGCCAUGGCCAAUACAUCUUUUAUGCUGUCAUCUAUUUCAUUCUCUCAAUGUUUCAGAGGCUUGGGGUGAGCAAAAUAACCGUGAUAGUUGCUGUUGUUAUCCUGGCGAUUGGUUCAUAUCUGGCGUGGCUACGAGUCUCACAGAAAUUCCACACGAUGAACCAAGUGAUAGUAGGUGCUGUCUUCGGUUCAUGCUUUUCGAUUUUAUGGCUAUGGUCCUGGAAUCAUAUUGUGUUUGAAGCAUUCAAUUCAAAUUUGUGGGUUCAAGUUUCUAUCUUGGUGGCAUUUGCUAUGUGUUGCUUGGCGAUCCAAUUAUACGUUAUACUUAAGUCAAUUAAGUGGUUUACAAAAGAUCGAUGAUAGUAUUAUUAACAUAUUGAAAAUAACUGACAUUCAUGUAAAUUUUAUAGCAUGGGCGUUUCUUUUACCAAGUACGAAUCGAAGAGUGAGAUCAUUUCAUCCCAUUCUCACUCUUCUUUAGCUAGAUUAGUUUCAAAUUACAAGUAUAUAUUUAUUAAAAAAAAUCCUAGUUGUUAAAGUUAUGCAUUAAAUUAAAAUGCAUAAAAAUUUAAAUGUUAAUACUUGUAAUACAGGGACGAAGUUAAUAGAUGAUUGACAUGAUUCCUUUUUUCUCGUA